AUGUGUGCGUCGGACCAAAUGUGUAUCCUUCCGAACCCUACACAGGCCACAACAAAUAUCGAAGUAGAGGAUAUUGAGGAGUCAAAGGAAUCAGAUUUAAACACAGAAGAUGAUUUUCCCGAUUGCCCAUUCAACUUGGGAGAAGUUUCAAUUUUUAUGGAGGAAGAAACUGCAGAUGACAAGAUCAACCAAGAAACUGAAUCUGAAGAAAUCUCAAGUGAAUUUGUGAAAUUUGAUCCUUACGAAAGUGACAGUGAUGAUUCCGUCGUAACCAUCGUUUAUAGGCCAGUUGAAAAAAGCGAUAAUAGUUGGAGUGAAGAAGACGAUGAAACUUUAGAUUUCAACGAUGCGCCCGUGAAUGUCGAAGAGUAA